AUGGGAUUCCGGUUGCCAGGAACUGUCAACACCAAGAGAAGUCUAAACCAGGCAGCUGCUUCAAAGACCCUCUCAAAGGGCUAUUUUGCAGUGUAUGUUGGGGAAAGCCAGAAGAAGCGAUUUGUGAUUCCGAUAUCAUAUUUGAAUGAGCCUUUAUUCCUGGAUUUGCUGAAUCAAGCAGAGGAAGAAUUUGGAUAUGAUCAUCCAAUGGGUGGAAUUACUCUCCCCUGCAGUGAAGACACCUUCCUUGAUCUCACUUCCCGUUUACGUGCAUGA